AUGGACUUGUCGAGGAAGAUCACCCGAACUGUAGUUCCCGAAGAACUAACAGUCAGAAGGAAGGUGCAGCACCUGGCUCGCUCAAACUUCACCUAUCGCCAUUACGCUGCUUGGACAUCCGCAGAUCCUCGAGUAUUUUGGCACCAGUCUCAAAAUCGACAACGGGACAUUCGCUUGGACAAGCUAAACGAUAGCGAAUCCAGCACUCAUCGAGCUUCACAAAAAGCUCAACCAGAAGACGGACCGUUCAACAUGGACAAUUGGAUAUCGAAAGGACGUCACCCAAGAAACGGAAAUCACAUUUCGUACCCCGAAGGACAGAGUGGAGUUGGGUCCAAACUCAGCUGUUUCUUCACUCAUUCAGAAGAUCCUGUCGUUCGCCUAAUCGAACAACGAAAACAGCCAACCAAGAAGAUGAAACACAAGUUUCUCUUCAUUCAGAACAACAUCGACAACGCGACAGAGACAUUGCUUUAA